UGCCGAAGCACGCACUGACAGACACUCACUCGUAGAGGAGAGAGUGAUAAGGACUCAAUUAAGGAGGAUAGGGAGAGACCAGAGAGGAAGAGAAGAGAGGGAGGAGAUGGGAACGGAGAGGAGAUCAGUUGUGUACGAUGCUGAAGGAGGCGACGAUCAUGAGAGGCAAGGGACCGUGUGGACGGCGACGUCGCACAUCGUGGCGGCGGUGGUCGGCUCCGGCGUGCUAGCUCUGGCGUGGACGGUGGCGCAGCUGGGGUGGGCGGUCGGCCCGCUCGUCCUCCUGGGCUUCUCCGGCGUCACCUACUACACCUCCACACUCCUCGCCAACUGCUACCGCUACCCGGACCCUGUCAGCGGCUCCGUCAACCGCGAGUACAUCGACGCCGUCCGAUGCUACCUUGGUCGAAAGAGCGUGCUGCUGUGCGGAUGCGCGCAGUACGUGAACCUGUGGGGCACGCUUGUUGGCUACACCAUCACGGCAAGCACCAGCAUGAUCGCGGUGAAGCGGGUGAACUGCUUUCACCGGUCGGGAUUCAGCGUGACGGGAUGCGACGGGUCGGGGAGCACGUACAUGGUGGUUUUCGGCCUGAUGCAGCUGCUUCUCUCCCAGCUCCCCAGCCUCCACAACAUCGCCUGGCUCUCCGUCGUCGCCGUCGCCACCUCCUUCGGCUACUCCUUCAUCAGCCUCGGCCUCUGCGCCGCCAAGUGGGCCUCCCACGGCGACGUCCGCGGCACCCUCGCCGGCGCCAGCAUCGACGCGCCCCGCGACAAGGCCUUCAACGUCCUCCUCGCGCUCGGCAACAUCGCCUUCUCCUACACCUUCGCCGACGUGCUCAUCGAGAUCCAGGACACGCUCAGGUCGCCCCCGGCGGAGAACAAGACCAUGAAGCGCGCCUCGCUCUACGGCCUCAGCAUGACCACCGUCUUCUACCUCCUGCUCGGCUGCAUCGGCUACGCGGCAUUCGGCAACGACGCCCCCGGGAACAUCCUCACCGGCUACGCCUUCUAUGAGCCCUACUGGCUCGUCGACGUCGCCAACGUCUGCGUCAUCGUGCACCUCGCCGGCGCCUACCAGGUGUUCGCGCAGCCAAUCUUCGCGAGGCUCGAGAGCUACGUCGCGUGCCGGUGGCCCGACUCCAAGAUCAUCACCGCCACCUACUACGUGCGCGUGCCGGGCCGGCCGUCCUCGUCGGUGCCGGUGGCGCCGCUCAAGCUGGUGCUGCGCACCGUCAUCAUCAUGUUCACCACGCUGGUGGCGAUGCUGCUGCCGUUUUUCAACGCCGUGCUGGGGCUCAUCGGCGCGCUCGGCUUCUGGCCGCUCUCCGUCUACUUCCCCGUCAGCAUGCACAUCGCUAGGCUAAGCAUCAGGCGCGGCGAGGGGCGGUGGUGGUCGCUUCAGGCCAUGAGCUUCGUCUGCCUCCUCAUCUCCCUCGCCGCCAGCAUCGGGUCCGUGCAGGACAUCGUGCACAACCUCAAGACCGCCACGCCCUUCAAGACUGUCGACUGAUGGAUCGACUGCAGUCGAUGGAUUAUUAAUUAGAUCGAUCGAUCCGAGGGAGCCAUGAACGUUGCCUCACUUAUUUUUUGGCGUUAAUUUGAUCGACAUAUGGAUGGAUCGAUCAAGUGGAUCGAUCGGUUUUCUUGAUCUUGAUUUGAACUUUGUAAGUGCUAUAUCUGUAACGUACGACGUACUAGCACAUAUGUAACUUGUCCAAUCCAAUAGAGCAAUGCUUAUUACCAAGAUAA